ACCGAUGUAGCUCAUCAGUUUCAGGUGAAUGCCACGAAUGCCAUGCUUGUUAUUAUUCCGGACUCCUUCACACACAACGAUACAGCGCUGGCCCUUGAUCUGUGGGAGGUCAUCAACUCUACCGUACGGUGCUUGUGUCUUGCCGUCGGGGUUUCCGCUGUUGUGAACCAGCUUGGCUGCGGACUUGUGUCUUCGAUAUGCGCUAUGUCAGACGGUGCCAAUUUUUCUGUAAACAGCCUCGCCGAACCUCGGGCCUUACCGACAUUCUGUCUUGACGUCACCAUAUCAACAUCCAAAUACCUGGAGGACAUGACCCGUUGGUAUUGCUGAUCGACCACAAUGGUGCUGAAGGUGGCUCCAAGAUCAGUGAGACGGGCCUGGCGCCAAUGACCUCGAUAUGCCCCUAGGCAAGCAACCCGUGAGCUGCGCGCCGUGCUCACGGAGAAAAGUAAAAUGCGAUAGACUUUUUCCAUGCUGCCAUUGCAAGCGACGGAAACACGACAAUUGCGUGUAUCCUGUGCCCGGUGGAGUGCAGGAGCAUGCUAGACGAAUCGAGGACCUUGAGCGUUAUAUUCGCAGCCUUGGAGGGGACCCGAAUCAGGCCGAUCAGCCGGAUAAUACUGGGACACGAAAAGCAGAGAACACAGCAGAACAGAUCCGCAGGAAUGAGUCUGUUAGUUCAGGCGGCCGUCUUGGUUCCAUUUCUGGGCCGACGAAUGCACGAACGGGCCAGAUAUCCAGCCUUGUAACUCAUGAUGAGGAGGUCACCUACAUUGAGACACCGAUGUGGUACAGCUGGAGCGGCACAGAUCACCCAGAAGAAGAUGCAUUAACGAAGAAGGACCAACCGUCCACAUCGCCCCUUCCGUCUUGCUUCCCUACGAUACUGGAUCCGGGCAACAUCACAGCCGAUAGCGGCUCCCUCCAUGCAAGACUUCCCUCUCCCAGCCAGAUGACCAUACUGUGGAGUAGCUACCUAAAGAACGUUCAUCCUCUAACCAAGAUAUUCUUCGACUGGGAGAUCGAACGGGUCGUACAGAAAUCUCGCGAAGAUGCCUCCAGCCUGUCGAAAGGGGAGCAAGCUCUUGUCUUUGCAAUCAUAUUUAUUGCCACAUUGAGUAUCCCUGACGAAGAAUGUGCCAACUUGCUUUCAGAUAACAAACAGUACCUUCUAUCACAAUCUCAAGAAAGUGUGGAAGAUGCACUGCUCGUCGCAGAGUUCGCUACGACGAGCGACAUCCGCACCCUGCAAGCCUUCAUAUUAUACAUGUCAGCAAUGCGCGAUCGAACACGCCCUGCUGCAAUUUACUCCCUGAUGGGCGUAGCCGUCCGCAUCGCCGAACGUAUGGGCUUACAUCGCGAUGGUGACAUGUUCGAGCUGGGCGUAGCGCGCAGCGAAGAGCGUCGUCGCAUUUGGUGGCAGCUGCAAUAUAUGGAGAUCGCCAUCGCACGACUUGUUGGAAGCCUCUCCAUGACACUAUAUGCUAGCUGGGAUACCAAGCCACCGGCAAACCUGGAGGACGACGACCUACACAGUCCUAAUCUACGAAGCUUGCCCGCUGAGCGGUCCAGACUCACAAGCAUGUCGCACUGCCUCUGGAGAUAUAGCAUUCUGCAUAUGCAGCGUGAGAACAUGCGACAGCCGGGCGGCGUUCCCGAAAGCUUGUCGUGGUUGCUCUCGCCUCAGGUUUCGCUGAGUGAGAAGGACGCCAAAAUCGAUGCCAUUGAAAGCGCAUUGGGUGCCAAAUUCCUCCAGUAUUGCGAGUUGCUGAAUCCACUACAUGUCUACAUUCAGAUCGGAGUUCGACAAUUUCUUCUUGCAACUCGCAGGACAGCACGGCAGCCAAGGCUCGUCAGCGCGAAGAUUUUGGAAAUGACACUGCAGGAGCGCGACGACUUCCUCAAUAUCUGCACAAAAGGCUUGGAUUACUACCUUAUGAGUCAAACGACUGAGUCGCUAAAAGGAUUUCAGUGGCACAACGAGAACUACUUCCAGUGGCCUUCGUUCGUGUAUGUUAUCCUUGAGGCGCACCACCGCUUCGACAACGACCAAGUCAAAGAUCUAUGGUCCUUGAUUCAUCGAAUCUAUACUAUCCAUCCAGAAUUGUCAACUGCAUCCCGCCGUGCAGAGGUGGCUACGGUCGCACGUAUCACUCUCGCAGCCUGGCAGAGACACGAUACUUUCAUCAGACAACACCAGAUGGACGUCGACGAGCCGUAUGAGCGACCGCCAUGGAUUGUAGAACUGUGUCAGAACUUCAAUCUUCCCCAACCAGAGACCACGUUGGCGACAGACUCAGCUGUGCAAGAGUCCGCAUUUGAUGCAAACCAGCUCUUGCCUGUGGACUUCGACUUUGACGUGUUUGAUUGGGCUGCUUGGGAUGAGGCGUAUUCCAAUGCUGCAGUUCGUGGGCCUAGUGGAUGAUUUAAGGAAGGGUCCGGUGUUGAUGCCGCGAUCGUCCGGUCUACCGAUUGACCGUCAGAUCACGUUUCGGAAAA